AUGGGCACGGCAAUGCAACUCUGCGUCAUAUUCAAUUCAACAACUUCCAAUCCUCGUCAAGGUAGAAAAUGCAAGUACGAAGGCCAAUCAGUGAGAGCACUUCCUAUACGCAUAUUAUCAGUGGGGAAGAAGCGAUCACCUGGACUUCAACUCAUGGUUGAUGAGUAUAUUGAUAAACUCAGGUACUAUUGCAGUGUUGAGGAUGUUCAAAUACGGACAAAUCCUCAAAAUGCUCGUGACCAAAGGGCUCAGGUUGAUGCUGAAGAUGAGGCAGUGAAGAACCUAAUAAGAGAUGAGAAAGUUAGUGCAAUAAAGGAUUUGCAUUGGGUUGUCAUGUUGGAUGAACGUGGGCUAGACAUAGGGUCUGAGAAAAUGGCAGAGUUGGUGGGCGAUGCAGGAAACACUGGUGCUUCACGGUUAUCUUUUUGUAUUGGUGGCCCCUAUGGUCAUGGAAGAAAAAUGAGGGACCGGGCUAACAUAUCAAUCAAGUUAUCUUCACUUGUGUUAAAUCACCAAAUAGCAUUACUUGUACUCAUGGAACAGCUUUACAGGACCGAUCGAGCUUUCCUCUGA